AUGAUAUUAUCUUAGAAGAAAAAGGGAUGGUAAUAGGAAACCAUCGAAUAUUUAUUCAGAGCAGUUCAUAUCAGUUAAUGGAACUGUAUCUAUUAUGUUAAAUUGUAUAACAUAAAAUCUCCAAAAUGAUGCAUUACACUCCUUGGAUCCAUCAUCAAACGAUGUUGGACAACCAUCAAUGUUACACACCAUAUAUGACUAAUGUGCCAUCUUAUCCUCAUAAUAAUCAUCAACAACAGCAUAUUACUGAAGAAGAAAGCGAACAAACAGGAGAUGAAACUCACGAUACAAUGACCUCUGCUACAUCAGGAGAACGUAGUUCUAGUGCUGAUAUAUUUAGAUUAGAAUUUGCAGCAGCACAAUGGUCUAAACUAGUCUCAAACGCAGAGGGUCUCUUCACUAAGCUUAUGACAAGUAAUAUUCUACCUCAUACAGAACAAGAUCAGAUUGAACAAUGGCUUUGUAUGAAACAAGAGUAUGAAGAAUGUAUUGCCAGUGACGAUACUGUUAGCUUACAAGGUUAUACCGAAAAUACCAGAAGAUCGUUAGAAAGAAUAGAAGAAGUAACUGAAACUGAUGAAAAGACAGAUGAAUCUCUUCAUCAAAUGGAAAGAAAGAUCAAUUUAAAUUGUUCAUCCAGUUCAGAGAGUGAAAUGUCUGAAACUAAUGAUGAUGAUGAAGAAGAAGAGGAAGAGGACCAUAGUGAUAUCAGUUCAGAAAAUCCAGACUUCUUAGAAAAAUUGUACGAAUGCAUGAAUAAACUUAAGAUGGAAACAGAUAGACUUGUUGAUUCUAAAAAGGAUGAAUUCAAAUCAACAAGUAUUCAAAUCAUCCCAUCUAUAAAAAGAUCUAUAAAUACCAAUAAUAAUUAUGUCCCUGCAACUAGACCUACACCACUUAGAAAUCCAAAUUCCAGAAGAAAUUCUAUGCUUCCUGGUUCUGAAAUGUGUAACGAAGUAUUAGCUUUUAACGAUAGCUUUAAACCUAUCCAGAAUCAUAUGUUUGAUAACAAAACAUCUGAGUUCACUAGUAUAAGAAUCUUAGAUAAUCAUGAACCUGAAACAAUUAUCAAUGAAACUUUCACAACUCACAAUGAUAAUUCACCAGAUUUAUUAAUCGAUGCUCUUAAGACGACAGAAAUGCCAGAACCCAUACAGGAACUGAAAGCAUUAGCAAUGAAUAAUGAAGCAAAGCAAACUCAAGUGAAGAAAAUACAAUCAGAUUUAGAUGGAGCCCAUAAAUGCAUAGAAGAGCUACAAACAACUAUUAAAAUCAAGGAAAAAUUCAUUGCAGAUAUGAUAAAGAAUUCUGAUGCACGUGCCAGCGCAAAGCAAAAAUUUCAAUGCAAGUGGAGUAAAUUAGAGGAGGAAUAUUACAAUACAAGGAGUCAUCUAGCCAGAGCAGAAAAUGCAUCAAUCUAUAAGGACACAGAGGAAAAGUCUGCGCAUAAGAAAGAAAUUGAACUAUACAAAAACAUGGCUUUUCAUUAUGAGAAGAGAUUAAUGGAUAUUGAAAUGAUCAAACAAAUUGCAGGUGAUUCUGCUAAGAAAGUGUUAGAACUUGAGAGUUCUUUAAACACUUCCAAGAAGCAAAUGGAGAAGUUGAAGAAACAAUUAAGGAAAGAGGAGGAACGUAAAAAACAGUUAGAGGAGGAACUAGCAGGGGAUCAGAAGAAAAUUCGCGAUCUCGAAGAAAAGUACAAUUUGACGGCUUCCAAACUAAAAGAGAUGCAGUCAGAGAGUGAGGACGAAAAGAAUAACAGCAAAUCAAAAACUGACUACUCCGAUAAGAAAAAGAACUUGUUAGACGUCAGUGCUAGAAUAUCACAUCUUGACCAUGUUUUAAAGGAAAAAUCCAUGGAUUUGGAGAGAACAGCGGACAUCGACGAAAAGGAAGCUCUACGCCACGAGAUUCGAAACUUACGACGUACCAGGGAUUGCUUGGUGGAUGAAAAAUGCGAUCUAGACGAAAAAUUUCAAAAAGAGAAAACUCUGUCCACCGUGGAGGAACGAAAACUAUUAGAAUGCGGGGAAACGAUCGAGGCGAUCGAUGCUAUGAUUGAACACAAGAACGAGAUGAUUUGUGGACGAAAAGGAUUCGAUGAGAAUCAAUCUCAACGCGAGAAAGGAGAGAGAAUGUUGAUGGAAAGACUGGCGAAACUUUCAGACGGAGAAAUGAGAACUUUGUUUUAUAAAUAUUUCUUGAAGGUGAUCGAUUUGAAGGAGAGCUCGAAGAAUUUGGAGGUGCAGACUGCCGAAUUGGAGAGUCACAUAGAGACACAGGAAUGGCAGGUGCAAACGUUGACUAACGCAUUGAAACAGACUAAAUUGGAAGCCGAGAGAAGAUUAGUUUUAAUGCAAAGGGAGCACGAGGAAAAGUUACAUCUUAUGUUCAGACACUUUGCAGAGGAGACCGGCAGCUCUGGUCACGAGAGACUGGACAAAGAAUCUGAAUUGGCGAAAUACAAACGUGAAAACAGAACGUUGAGAAAACGAUUAGCGGAUGUCGAGGCUCUUCUGAAAGGACCAACACCUCCGCGUGCAACUAGUCCAGCGAAAAUAUCGCAGCAAGGAUUGAAACAAAUUGCACCGAGUAGUCGGCCAACAACCAAAGUCACUAGACAGCGAAAUAAAUUGAUAAUACAAAAGACCACCGACUGCGAUAAGAAAAAGAAAUGA